GCAACUUCGUUUCGUUCAGACUGUUGGCUUCACCGCAUUCCUUCCACCGUGUCAGUCUUCCCAUAAAUUCUCUUCUCCGAGCACUCGAAGACUAGAAUUGCUUGCAACCAACGCUUUUGCACAAACCACCAACCACCAACCACCGUCCACCAUGAAGCUUCUAAUCGCAUCACUUCUUAUCUUUGUUUCCCUCAUCUCGGGCGCCAAGUCCAGUGGCAUGGGCAUGGGCAUGUCCAUGGGCAUGGGUAUGGGCAUGGGCAUGAUGAUGUCAAUGUCAAUUGAAGCCAAUGAAACUGCAGCCCCAACCAGUGCUACAGCCUCUCCAUACCCUGGUCGAUUCUUGAUUAACGUGGAUGAAGAUACCACGACCUUCCCUCGUCGCCAUCUAUCUGGAGGGAUGAUGAUGGGAUCCGCAAGGGGAGGAAUGGGUUCUGGCAGCAUGAAGUGCAGUGGUAGUAUGAUGGGUGGUAGCAUGAUGGGCAUGAUGUCAAUGAAUAAUGAAUCCAACUGCACUGAUGCCCCAACAGUGCUCCAAGCUCUCCAUAUUAUCCUGAUCGUUUCUUGAUUGAUGCCGAUGCAGAUGCCUCCGAUUCCUUCCCUCGUCGCCGUCUAUCUGGGGGUGAUGAUGAUGGGCUCUGCAAGAGGAGGGAUGGGUUCUGGCAGCAUGAAGUGCAGUGGUAGCAUGAUGGGUGGUAGCAUGAUGGGCAUGAUGUCAAUGGCCAA